CCUUACCCUUCCCUGAGCUUCGCUUGUUUGGAUCUUGAGUUAUAUAUCCUCAAUACUACAGCAUUUGGCGAACAUAUAUCCUUUCGGAUUUCCUUCAACAUUGAAAGAGUCGCGCCAUGAGACUCGCCUCCCUGCCGCUCACUCUCCUUCUCUCGAUCCUUUACAUUUACUUCAGCAUCGCACCAGUAUCAUCGACGUCUCCCUCCACUUCAAAUGAACCAUCGCCAGAGACAGAAGCCUCAGUCCGCGACUUCUUCGACCGAAAUGCGUUGACGUCGGAUUCGCUGGCGGAGUCUGAGUCAGUGCAUACGAAUAACUGGGCAGUGUUGGUCUGUGCGUCGAGGUAUUGGUUCAAUUAUCGGCACAUGGCGAACGCGCUCGGAAUGUAUCGCACAGUCAAACGUCUCGGCAUCCCAGACAGCCAGAUCAUUCUCAUGCUUGCGGACGACGUCGCCUGUAACGCACGGAAUCGAUACCCAGGUUGUGUAUUCGCGAAUCAAGGGAGGCAUUUGGAUUUGUAUGGGGAGAAUAUUGAGGUGGAUUAUAGGGGGUAUGAGGUCACGGUGGAGAAUUUCUUGAGGGUUCUGACAGGACGUCAACCUCCAUCCGUUCCCCGCUCCAAACGCCUUCUCACAGACGACCGUUCGAACAUCUUCGUUUACAUGACCGGUCACGGAGGGAACGAAUUCCUCAAGUUCCAGGACAACGAAGAGAUCAGUGCAUUCGAUAUCGCAGAUGCGUUUGAGCAGAUGUGGAGUAAGAAGAGGUACAACGAGAUCUUCUUCAUGAUUGAUACUUGCCAGGCGAACACUAUGUACUCCAAGUUUUACUCACCGAAUAUCCUGGCGACUGGAUCGUCAGAGAUGGAUCAGAAUUCGUAUUCAUACGAAAAUGAUAAUGAUAUUGGUGUGGCGGUAAUUGAUAGCUUCACCCAUUUUGUACUAUCGUUCAUGGAGAACAUCAAUAAAACGUCCUCGGCUAGUAUGCAGGACCUCUUCGACACCUACGACCCCAUCAAGAUUCGCUCCAACCCCGGAGUUCGCUCCGACCUCUUCCACCGACCGCUCUCUAAAACGCUCAUCACGGAUUUCUUCGGCGGAGUCGCGCACGCCGAGGUCCUUCUCCCUUCUACAGCGGAGUCUUCGCCAUCACCGUUCGGCUCGGACUCGGGUAAACCAGCAGAGGUAGAAGAGGCGUUGCAGGCAGAGGCAGCAAUGCCAGAAGAAAUCCUCUCAAUGGAGCUUGGGAUCCUGGUGGCCGCGAUACCUGAUCCUGCCAACAACGAUACACCUUCGUCAUUAUCACCGGCCUCCCUUGACUCACAUAAUGGCUUCAGACCGAUGACCCAAGUCGAGGAUCCACUAUCCGUAGGUUGGAUAUCGGACGGUUCUUAUAAUGAGGGCUGGUGGAAUGGAAGUACGAGGGCGAGGGUUGGACUUGGGGCUGUGGUACUAUUGGUUUGGUGGGUCGCCAGGAGCGAACGUGAGCGGAGUGGCAGUUCUUCACAGAGAGAUAAAAGCAGGAGAGUGAGCGGGGAUGUGCCUAAUCCUUGUGCUUAGAAAUGAGGAGUUCGACGACAGAGGAAUGUGUUCUGUUGACUGGGGUUUUGGACUUGUGGACUGUGGAUUGUUUACUUUAUCAUACCCUUCAGUGUAUUUUUAUUUGUGAAUGGUAAAUACUAAUAAUUUG